GGUCGUGGAAUGUGUCUCGUGCUUUGGGUGUUGGUUCACUGAACUCCAGGCCCCAAAACCAAAACCGCACCACAUUUAUGCAAGCAGCCAGCCAUGCCUGAAAAUCAAUAAGCUUAUAAACCGAAUCCAGAGUCGUUGGCCACAACCAGUUGAUUGGCAACCAUGUGGCAGUUGGCAUUGUUACUGGGUCUAAUUCAGCAGCUGAGCCUUGCCAUCGUGGUGGAGCGCAAUAUGUUUGCCUACUACAAGGUGCCGGCAGCCCAGCUACUUCACUCCCACGCCUCGGAUACGGGUACGGAUCAGAAUACGAUUUUCGACUCACAUUCCCAGGAGGUCACCAAUUUUGGGGGUGGCCAGGUCAAGGAUCUCUACUAUGUGCUGCAGUGUCCCCCAAAGCUGGAUGAGGGCAUACCCAAGCCGCAGGACAUGCAAACCUGCAGCGUGGUGGACCAGUACAGGGGACUGUGGAAAAAGAAGAAGCCACAGCCCAAGAAGCGCUUCCACAUGGUGCCAUUCCGGAUAGUGUUGCGCCCACUGGGACCGCCGGCCAGGAGACGCAGCCUCAAGCGUCGCAAACGCCAGCACAAGGAUCCCAGGUAUCCAGUCAUCAAUGCUUCCGAUCGGGCUGUCCCAAAAGUGGCGGGGGAAGAGGUGGUCAGUCCGCUGCAGUACCUGGGACGCCCCCACAAACGCCAGAAGCUCCUCAAACUGGCCGCCGAUCAUCGAAAGUUUAAGCGCGGCAGCCGUUCCAAGGGUCACCAGCAUAUGUACCAUCGCGAUGAGUCCUACAACGAUCACAUCUUCUACGAUGAACUGCAGGACGACGGGGAGUUCCACAACCUCGGCAAGGGAAAAUCUAAUUAAAUGCAAAUUUAUUGUCUGGUACCUGAGCAAGCUUUGCAUCGAACCGAAACUGUAAAACAA